AAAGAAUAAAGAAGGAGAGAAGAGGGGAAAAAAGAGGAAGAAGAAGAAACGCACUUGCGAGAGAGCGCGUACGAGUAUCUAAUUAAGGAAAGAAGAGAGGAGAGUCCCAUCCAAAGCGAGAGACAGACGGAGAGAACGCAGGCCGCCCUAUAUAUCCGGAAAAGGGGACUCGCAUAUAAUUACUCCCAGAGAAACCGAUCUACUUCAGUUCGUAGCCUAAACCUGUUGAGUACAAACGACAGAAAUAGAGUUAUAGAGAGAGGUAGAAGAGAGAGAGAGAAGAGAGAACGCGCGCGCGAGAGAGAGAGAGAGAGAAGAGAGAGAGAGAAGAGAGAAGGAAGAGCGAGCGCAAGAGAGAAGUGAGAGAUAACGACGAGAGUGAGCGAACAAAAUAAAAGAGCUCUAAAGACAAGAGGCGAGAAGAUUAAGAAGAAGAAGAAGAAGAAGAAGAAGAAGAAGAGGAAAUUCAGAGGAAAAAAGCAGAGUAUAUACACAUUGAUAUACACACAGACACACAUUUGUGAUACACACGAAUAGCACACGUAUACUAGCACGAGAUACUACUACUUACACGAAGUUACUACGAAACUACGGACAGAUAUCAGCGGAAGCACACCGGAAAGAUCACGAGGAGGCGGAGCAACAGCAGGAGAAAAUUCGGAUGUCACUGCGAGGAGUGAGCGAGCCCGGAGCACGGCAGAUGUGCCAAUAAUCCCAACGCAACGAGCCCCGUCGAGUCGUCACGAAAAUACGCGAAGAUCCGCGAAAGAUCCGCGGAAGAGGAGGAGGAAGAAGAAGAAAGAUCGGAAGAUCGUCCGUCCUUCCUGUACACCACCCGACCGAUAGAAGCGGAAUAAUAACGCGGCCUCCUGCCCGCCAGGGGGUUCACGUGGUCGAGAUGACGUGGCGGGGAAGAUGAGCGCCGAGGUAACGAAGGAGGUGGUCGCCACCGAGAGGGUAACAACGGGGAGCCCUCCGGCGGCGGUCGCGACCUCGCCGAGCUCGGUCGGGCCGGGUGACCCGGCGCGUCACCUGCCGCCGUUCAGCAGCUUCGCCGGGGACAACGCGAUGGACAGCUCGACGACACUGACUACCCUUCACUCGCAGGACGUUGGGUUGGGGCUCACGUCCUCGUGGGACUACUACGAGGGACUGACGGGCCGGUUGAUCGACUCGCGGGGCGAGGUGGUGCUCGCGAGCCAGUACAGGCCGUGGGAGUCGAAGAACGCGGCGGUCGGGGGAGGCCCCGCGGCAGCCCCGGCCGAGGGCCUGCCGAGCUUCGCGAGCCAGUUCACGGCGCCUAGCGAGGCAGAGCCCCAAUUGACAGCGCUCACGCCACUCUCGCCCGCCUCGAUAUCGCACUCUCCACCUGUCACGUCGGCGGUCGGCCUGCCCAGCUUCCACACGCUCGGCACGCCGCUGCCCGCGCCCCAUCCUCACAGGGGGAGCGUCGGUUACCCGCUGGUCCCUGCCCCGGUCCAGGCAAGGGAGGUGCCCGCCCUUCAGCAGCAACUGCUCGACGAGAGGCACAUCCAGUUGCUGGGCUCGAGCCCGGUCCAGGCAUUCCCGCCCCCGCCCCCCGGCCACCCCCAUCACACCGUGUUGACCGUGGUGAAGCCCGAGUAUCCCCAGUUGCAUCACGCCAACUUCCAGAACCCGAUGUCAACGGUGCUCGACUCGUCGCCCACGUCCAGGCCGGUCGGGAUCGACGGGAGGAAGAAGGAGAGGAGAAAAAUAAGGGCGGGCUCGAUGGAGUCCGAGGACAGCGCCGGGGCCGGGAACGUGGAGAGUUCAGGCCAGGUGGCCGCUGUCUCGUCCACCGCGAACAGGGGGCCCCAUCACCUGGGCGGUGGAAUGGCCGACGCGGAUGGGGACGGCGGGCUGAGCGAUAAGCCGGCUAAGAAGAAGCGCAAGAGGUGCGGCGAGUGCAUCGGGUGCCAGCGCAAGGACAACUGCGGGGAUUGCGCACCCUGCCGGAACGACAAGAGCCAUCAGAUCUGCAAGAUGAGGCGGUGCGAGAAGCUCACCGAGAAGAAGCAUCUCUACCAUCUGCAAACGGGCGAGGGUGCGUUCAGAGAAAGGGGGAGAGGUCGAGGCAAAGGUGCAACCAGGGUGAGUGCAAUUUUUAAUCGUUUUUUUUUAUUUAUAAUAUAGUUAUAAUAAAAUCUUCGUAUAUAAAG